UCAGCGAGGAGAUCAUGCAGUGCUGGUGCAACAAAGAAAAUUGCUACACUUGGGUUUUGCCUAGCUGAUGAGUCCUGAGGUGGAGGAGGUUCACGGUGUUGUGGGAGCAAGGAGUAAAGGACUCUUUAAGAUUUGAGAAACUGCAAGGUUUACUGCAAAAGAUGACUUUCACUUGAGAACUAAAGAUGGCUAGGUGGAGGUGCAAUGUUCAGUCAUGAGGGAAAAACUUCCGCAAAGAUUGGUCUUUAUCAAGGAACCUGUAUGUUUUGUCAAUUGAGAGUCCUGAAGAGAUACGCGAAUAUGUUACUGACCUCCUUCAGGGAAAUGAGGGGGAAAAAGGUCAAUUCAUAGAAGAGCUUAUAAACAAGUGGCAAAAGAAUGAUCAGGAGUUGACUUCUGAUGCUCUGCAGAAGUCCUUCAAAAAGGAUGAAAUGUUCGAUGGGCAGAGAUCAGGAGACCAGCUAAAGAGGAGUAGGCGGAAAGGGAGAAACAGACAGGAAGUUCCUGCAUUUGCUGAACCUGACACAACCAUAGAGGUCAAAACACCUUUUGAUUUGGCCAAGGCACAAGAGAGCAACAAUUCCUUAAAGAAGAAGACGAAGUUUGUCAGUUUAUACACAAAAGAGGGACAAGACAAGCUUGCAGUCCUGAUCCCAGGUCGCCACCCUUGUGAUUGCCUGGGCCAGAAGCACAAGCUGAUCAAUAACUGUCUGAUCUGCGGGCGUAUAGUCUGUGAACAAGAAGGUUCUGGCCCUUGCUUAUUCUGUGGUACUCUGGUAUGUACUCGUGAAGAACAGGAUAUUUUACAACGUGACUCAAACAAGAGCCAGAAAUUGCUCAAGAAGCUAAUGUCAGGAACAGAGAAUUCUGGGAAGGUGGACAACUCUACCAAGGACCUACUUCCUCAUCAAGAGAUGCGAUUUAAGUCUGGUCUAGAGAAGGCUAUCAAGCAUAAAGAUAAACUUUUAGAGUUUGACAGAACUAGCAUUCGAAGGACCCAAGUAAUUGAUGAUGAGUCAGAUUACUUUGCCAGUGAUUCUAACCAGUGGUUGUCUAAAAUUGAGCGGGAAACUCUGCAGAAGCGAGAAGAGGAACUGAGAGAAUUUCGACAUGCCUCUCGGCUCUCUAAGAAGAUCACCAUUGACUUUGCAGGCAGGAAGAUUGUGGAAGAUGAAAAUCCACUAGCCCAGUAUCAUAGCAAACUAGAUGAGACAAUACAGGCCAUUGCCAGUGGAACCUUGAACCAACCACUGACCAAAUUGGAUAGAUCUUCUGAAGAGCCUUUGGGAAUUCUGGUGAAUCCCAACCUGUACCAGUCCCCUCCCCAGUGGAUAGACCAGACAGGUGCAGCCCCACAGAAGAAGGCUUUCCAUUCAGCAGAAUCAGAACUAGAGUUCAGCUCAUAUCGGCACCAAUUGCGAAUCCAGGACGAAGAAUUUCAAGAAGGCUUUGAUGGUGGUUGGUGCCUCUCUAUGCAUCAACCCUGGGCUUCUCUGCUUGUCAGAGGGAUUAAAAGGGUGGAAGGCAGAAGCUGGUACACCCCUCACAGAGGACGACUUUGGAUAGCAGCCACAGCCAAAAGACCCUCCCCUCAAGAAAUAUCAGAACUCCAGACUACAUACCGUUUUCUUCGUGGGAAAGAUGUGGAAUUUCCCAAUGACUAUCCAUCAGGUUGUCUUCUGGGCUGUGUGGACCUAAUUGACUGCUUGUUCCAGAAUCAAUUUAAGGAUCAGUAUCCAGACAUGAGUCAAGAAUCCGAUUCUCCAUUUGUUUUCAUCUGCACAAAUCCCCAGGAAAUGAUUGUGAAGUUUCCUAUUAAAGGAAAUCCAAAAAUCUGGAAACUGGAUUCCAAGAUCCAUCAAGGCGCAAAGAAGGGGUUAAUGAAGCAGAAUAAAGCUGUCUGACCCAGGAGAAAAGGAACUAUACAACAUAGUGGAGUUUUGUGUACUAAAAUUGUUAUCCACUGGUCCUUUGGAACUGAAGCAGUAGAAAUCUCAAGGCUUGGCAUCAGGCUUGAAUCAGAAUUUAAACUCUUACCAAAACGUGUAUAUUUUUCUUAAAGAGUGGGAUUCUUUAUGUAGUGGGUCAAAAUGUUUGAAUACAUUAUUUAUAAAAACCUAUUUUAAAAAUUCUA